AUGACGCACAAGAGCUCUUCUUCUUUCCCUGGUCAUACUUUUCGGUGGAAUUAUGAUGUUUUCUUGAGUUUUAGAGGUGAAGAUGUACGCAAAACAUUUGUUGACCAUCUCUAUGUUGCUCUGCAACAAAAGGGUAUUCAUACCUUCAAAGAUGAUGAGAAAUUAGAGAAAGGCAAGUCCAUUGGACCAGAUCUUAUCAGAGCAAUCGAAGAGUCACGCAUAGCUUUGAUCAUAUUCUCCAAAAACUAUGCUAAUUCAACAUGGUGUUUAGAUGAAGUAGUGAAAAUCAUGGAAUGCAAGAAUGUGAAAGGACAAAUUGUGCUUCCGGUCUUCUAUGAUGUAGAUGCAUUAACAGUGAUGAAACAAAAAACCAGCUAUGGAGAAGCAUUUAACAAUCACGAAGGCCGUUUCAAGGAUAACAAGGUGCAAAAGUGGAGGGCAGCAUUGGAGGAAGCAGCUAGUUUACCUGGCUGGGAUUUGCCAAAUACCGCCAAUGCGCAUGAAGCAAGAUUCAUAAAGCAAAUUGUGGAAGAUAUAAUGGCUAAAUUGGUUGGUCAGAGACAUGCAAGCAAUGCUAAAAAUCUUGUUGGAAUGGAGUCACAAAUGCAGAAACUAUAUAAAAUGCUUGGCGUUGGGUCUGGUGGAGUUCGCUUCGUUGGAAUAUGGGGAAUGAGCGGAGUGGGAAAGACAACUCUAGCGAGACUUAUCUAUGAUAAUAUUUCAGGUCAAUUUGAGGGUGCAUGUUUUCUUCAUGAGGUUAGAGACCGUUCAGCAAAACAAGGCCUAGAGCGAUUGCAAGAGAUACUUCUUUACGAGAUCCUUGUCAUAAAAGACCUACGGAUCAACAAUUUAUUUGAUGGAGUUAAUAUGCAAAAACAUAGGCUGCGGUACAAAAAGGUUCUUCUCGUUCUUGAUGAUGUUAAUCACAUAGAUCAUUUAGAUGUUUUAGCCGGGAAGCGUGAAUGGUUUGGUCCCGGAAGUAGAAUCAUCAUAACAACUAAAGACAAACAUUUGCUUAUUAAGCAUGAUGUAGAAAAGAUGUACAAAAUGAGAACAUUACGUGAAGAUGAAAGUUUACAACUCUUUAAACAGUAUGCUUUCAAGAAGAACCAUCCUACCAAGAAAUUUGAGGAUCUAUCAGCACAAGUGAUAAAGUAUACUGCUGGACUCCCCUUGGCUCUGAAAGUCCUAGGCAGCUUCUUGUAUGGAAGAGAUUUGGCAGAAUGGACAAGUGAAGUGGAACGAUUGAAACAAAUCCCGGAAGAUGAAAUUUUGAGGAAACUCGAACCAAGUUUCACUGGACUCAACAGUAACGAGCAAAAGAUAUUCUUAGACAUUGCGUGCUUCUUUACGGGGAAAAAGAAAGAUUCAGUGACUAGAAUACUUAAGAGUUUUAAUUUUAUCCCAAUUAUUGGUGUAAAAGUUCUCAUGGAGAAAUCUUUAAUUACUAUUUCAGAAGGUAGGAUUUUUAUGCACCAAUUGAUACAAGAAAUGGGCUGGCACAUUGUUCGUCGAGAAGCUUUUGAUUAUCCAAGAGAAUAUAGCAGGUUAUGGAUGUCCGAAGAUAUUUCUCACGUACUUGCAAGAAAUAUGGGCACAGAAAAGAUUGAAGGCAUAUCUCUGAACUUGACUAAGAUGUACACAGAUAUUUCUCAAGCACUUGAAAGAAAUUUGGGCACAGAUAAGAUCAAAAGGAUGUCAUUGAACUUCACAAAUGUCAAAGAAGUGAAGGUUAGUGUCAUGGCCUUCAUGCGGAUGACCAGACUGAGGUUUCUCAAAAUCAAGAAUGCAUACGUUUCUCAGGGUCCUGAUAUUCUUCCUGGUGAGUUGAACUGGCUUUCUUGGCAUGGAUAUGCUUCAAAAAGUCUGCCAAUUAACUUUCAGGGAGAGCGACUCGUUAGUUUGAAGUUGAAAAAUAGCCGCAUCAUACAGCUUUGGAAAGGCUCCAAGGUGAUGGGAGAACUGAAGUACAUUAACCUUAGCCAUUCACAUAAGCUAAUAAGGACUCCAGAUUUUUCGGGUACCCCUAAUCUUGAAAGGUUGAUUCUUGAAGAGUGCACAAGUUUGGUAGAAAUCAAGUUUUCUGUUGGAGAUCUGAAAAAGCUAUUGUUGCUCAAUUUGAAGAAUUGCAUCAAUUUAAAGACCCUACCAAAGAGUAUUGGAUUGGAAAAUCUUGAGGUUCUUAUUCUAUCAGGCUGCUCAAAGCUAAAAGUAUUCCCAGAAAUAGAAGAGGAAAUGAAUCGUUUAUCAGAACUAUAUUUGGAAGCGACUGCAUUGAGCGAAGUGCCCGCAUCAGUUGAGAAACUAUCAGGAGUUAAUGUGAUAAAUCUAAGCUCAUGCAAGCAUCUUGAGAGUCUUCCAAAGAGUAUUGUUAGGUUGAAAUGUCUUAAAACACUCAAUGUGUCCAAGUGCUCAAAACUCAAAUAUUUACCAGAUGAUUUGGGGUUUUUAGUAGGUUUAGAAGGGCUCCAUUGUGAUGACACACCCAUCGAAAUGAUGCCGUCCACCAUUUCCCAUUUAAAGAACCUUAAGCACUUAACUCUACGUCGAUGUAAUGCUUUGGCAUUUCAGAACGAUAUGGGUCUAGCUUUCUCUAAUUUAUCGGGUCUUUGUUCAUUGACAAUGCUGGAUAUAGGUGGCUGCAGCAUUUCAGACGGAGGCAUCCUAUGUAAUCUUGGAUUCUUACCAUCUUUGAUGGAAUUGAAUCUUGGUGGUAACACUUUUACCAAUAUCUCAGCUGCAAGCAUCAGUGGACUCACUCGACUAAAGGUCCUUCAGUUGGUUGGUUGUAGUAGGCUUGAGCAUUUCCCAGAGCUUCCUCGAGCUAUACAAGAGGUGCAUGCAGAUGAAUGUACAUCUUUGAAGAGUAUCAAUCAAUUAGCAAAAUAUCCAACAUUGCGCCGACUUUCACUUAGCGAAUGUCAUCAAUUUCAUGAUGCUUCCUUGGUUGAUGCACUAUGGAGUAACAUGCUGAAGGGAGUAAACGUGGUAUGUAAUGAUAUCAGCAUUUGUAUCCCUGGAUUGGAGAUUCCCAAGUGGUUUACAAAUAAGAAGUUGGGGGACAGUGUUACUUUGACCCUUCCCAAUAAUUGGUACACAGACAACUUCUGGGGAUUUGCUUUUUGUAUUGUCUUUGAAGGUAUGGAAUGGUGCAUUCUAUACGAUGAUUACCUACAACCAUCACAGGGAUUUUCGGUUAUGCUUGAAUUCAAAACGUGUGAUGGUAAGGAAGGCAGUACACGUAGCGUUGUUGGCAUAAAAGGGGGUGAUACUACUAUUCGGAACUCAGACCACACUCUCCUUGCCUGUGUACCAUCUCGCCGUUUUCUGACAGCCUACAAUCACGAGGAUUACCGUCCCAACGACUGGAUCGAAAUUGUGGCAUAUUCAACAGGACUAAGGAAAUCUGAGAGCAAAGCUUGGGGGAUGCGUCUUGUGUACUUGGAAGAUAUUAUUGAAGCAUUUUUUACUAACUUUCUCAGCUCACAAAAAAAAAUGACCUCUUAUUGUUCCUCUGCUCAUACAUUUCGGUGGAGUUAUGAUGUUUUCUUGAGUUUUAGAGGUGAAGAUGUACGCAAAACAUUUGUUGAUCAUCUCUAUGUUGCACUGCAACAAAAGGGUAUUCAUACCUUCAAAGAUGAUGAGAAGCUAGAGAGAGCCAAGUCCAUUUCACCUGACCUUGUUAGAGCAAUCGAAGAGUCAAGGAUAGCUUUGAUUGUAUUCUCCAAAAACUAUGCUAAUUCCACAUGGUGUCUAGAUGAAUUGCUGAAGAUCAUGGAAUACAACAAACAAGAAAAAGGACAAAUUGUGCUUCCGGUGUUCUACGAUGUAGAGGCAUCAACAGUGAGGAAACAGAAGUCCAGCUAUGGAGAAGCAUUUAGCAAUCAUGAAGCUUUUUUCCAGGAGGACAAGGUGAAAAAAUGGAGAGCUGCACUGGAGGAAGCUGCUAAUUUAUCCGGCUGGGAUUUGCCAAAUACUGCCAAUGCGCACGAAGCUAGAGUCAUAAAGCAAAUUGUGGAAGAUAUAAUGACUAAAUUGGGUGUACAGACACAUGCAAGCAAUGCUGAAGAUCUUGUUGGAAUGGAGUCACACAUGCAAAAAGUGUAUAAAAUGCUUCAGGUUGGUUCUGAUGAAGUUCGCUUCCUCGGGAUAUUGGGAAUGGGCGGUGUGGGGAAGACAACUCUAGCAAGAGUCAUUUAUGAUAAUAUUCGGAGUCAAUUUGAAGGUUCAUGUUUUCUUCAUGAAGUUGGAGACCGUUCUUCAAAACAGGGCCUAGAGCGCUUGCAAGAGAUACUUCUUUCGGAGAUCCUUGUUGUAAAAGAUCUAAGAAUCAACAAUUUAUAUGAAGGAGAUAAUUUGCAAAAACAGAGACUACAAUGUAAAAAGGUUCUUCUUGUUCUUGAUGAUGUUUAUCACAUAGAUCAGUUAGACGCUUUAGCUGGGAAGCGUGAAUGGUUUGGUCUCGGAAGUAGAAUCAUCAUAACAACCAGAGAUAAACACUUGCUUGUUAAGCAUGAGGUGGAAAAGAUAUACAGAAUGAGAACAUUAAGUGAACAUGAAAGUUUACAGCUCUUUAAACAGUAUGCUUUCAAGAAGAGUCACCCUGCUAAGGAAUUUGAGGAUCUUUUAGCUCUAGUGAUAAAGCGUACUGCUGGACUCCCCUUGGCUCUGAAAGUCCUGGGUAGUUUCUUGUAUGGAAGAGAUUUGGCUGAAUGGACAAGUGAAGUGGAAUGGUUGAGACAGAUCCCGGAAAAUGAAAUUUUGAAGAAACUCGAACGAAGUUUCACUAGGCUCAACAAUAUGGAGAAAAAAAUAUUCUUAGAUAUUGCGUGUUUCUUCACAGGGAAGAAGAAAAAAGCAGUGAUGAGAAUACUUGAGAGUUUUAAUUUUAGCCCUGUCAUUGGCAUAAACGUUCUCAUGGAAAAAUGUUUGAUUACUAUUUCAAAUGGUCGCAUUAUAAUGCACCAAUUGAUACAAGAAAUGGGCUGGCACAUUGUUCGUCGAGAAGCUUCUUAUGAUCCAAGAAUAUAUAGUAGGUUGUGGAAGCGCGAAGAUAUUUCUCCCGUACUUGAAAGAAAUUCGGGCACUGAAAAGAUCGAGGGCAUAUUCUUGUACUUGACUAAUGAAGAACAAGUGAAUGUUAGUCACACGGCCUUCAUGCAGAUGACCAGACUAAGGUUUCUCAAAUUCCGGAAAGCAUAUUUUUGCCGGGGUCCUGAGUUCCUUCAUGAUGAGUUGAGGUGGCUUGAUUGGCACGGAUAUCCUUCGAAAAGUCUGCCAAUUAGCUUUCAGGGAGAACAACUUGUUAGUUUGAAACUGAAAAAUAGCCGCAUCAUACAACUCUGGAAAACCAAAAAGACUCUAGGACAAUUGAAGUACCUGAACCUUAGCUUUUCGCAGAAGCUAAUAAGGACGCCAGAUUUUUCAGGUAUCCCUAAUCUUGAAAGGUUGGUUCUUGAAGAGUGCACAAGUUUGGUGGAAAUCAAUUUUUCUAUUGGAGAUCUUGGAAAGCUAGUCUUGCUGAAUCUGAAGAAUUGCAGAAAUAUAAAGACCCUACCAAAGAGUAUUCGAUUGGAAAAGCUUGAAAUUCUCAUUCUUACAGGCUGCUCAAAGGUAAAAGAAUUCCCAGAAAUAGAAGAUAAAAUGAAUCAUUUAGCAGAACUGUAUUUGGAAGCGACUGCUUUAAGUGGACUGCCUGCAUCAGUUGAGAACCUUUCAGGAGUUACUGCAAUAUAUCUAAGUUACUGCAAGCAUCUUGAGAGUCUUCCUAGAAGUAUUUUUAGGUUGAAAUGUCUGAAAAAACUUGAUGUCUCCGGAUGCUCAAAACUUAAAAAUUUACCAGAUGACUUGGGAAUUUUAGUUGGUUUACAGGAGCUCCACUGUAGUCACACAGCCAUUCAAACAAUUCCUUCCUCUAUCUCUCUUCUAAAAAACCUUAAGCAUUUAUCUCUCCGUGGAUGUAACGCUUUGGGUUCACAAGUAAGUAGCUUAAACCAUGGCCAGAAGUCUGUGGGUGGACAUUUUCAUAAUUUAUCUGGUCUUUGUUCAUUGACCAUGCUGGAUCUUAGUGACUGCAACAUUUCAGACGGAGGCAUUAUAUAUAAUCUUGGGUCUUUACCGUCCUUGGAGGGAUUGAAUCUCGAUGGUAACAAUUUUUCCAAUAUUCCGGCUGCAAGCAUCAGUCGUCUCACUCGACUUCAAUUCCUUGCAUUGUCUGGUUGUACGAGGCUUGAGAGUUUUCCAGAACUUCCUCCAAGUAUAGUUGAGCUAUAUGCUGAUGAAUGCACAUCUUUGAAGAGCAUUGAUCAAUUAACCAAAUAUCCAAUGCUGCGGAGAGUUUCACUCACAAAAUGUCAUCAACUUCCAAGAAAUAAAUGUCAUGCCUCCACGCUUGAUUCAUUGUUGAUGCACAUGCUCAAGAGAUCACCAUCCGUGUGUGAUAGCAGAUUUGGUAUUUGCAUAUCUGGUUUGGAGAUUCCUGAGUGGUUUACGUACAAGAACUGGGGUACUUCAAUCUCAGUGGCCCUGCCAAAAAAUUGGUGGACACCUACAUUUGUGGGGUGUGCUGUUUGUGUUGUUUUUUAUUCGACAGCUCCUUAUAUUAUAGUUCCUCUUAAAUACCCAAAAAAAUUCCAAGAAAUUGGACUGAAUUUUAGGUGGAUAAGACGUGAUGGUUUUAGGAACAAACUUGCCGGUUAUUACGAAUUCUGGAUAGGAAGUGAAAAACCUCUGGAUUUAGGCAACAUUUUUCUAGGAUAUUGGCCAUUUGCGCAGUAUCCGCGGCAGUGCCCGGGUUACAGGGAUGUUCUUAACAAACCUGAUGACUGGACUCAGCUUGAGCUUUGUGCAUCUGAUUUCAGUAAGGGUGCGGUGAUCAAAGGUUUAGGGAUGCGUCUUGUAUACCAGAAUGAUAUGUCAAUGAUCCAGAACACUACUACCUGAAAUAUGGAGAGUGUUUAUUGGAUCAAGAAGGUGUACGAGAAUGAUUUCUUAGGCUUUCACCACUGGAACUAGGAUAUGUCACAUGAAUGCUAAAAUUCCCUCAAAUUGCUGUUCUAUUAUGCAGUUAUAAACUUGUAAAAUUUUAUAAUUGCAGCUUGUUUUGAUGGUUGUUACCUAUUGUAUUGUAUCUUAUUGUUACAUUAAUGAGAAAUUUAUUUUGAGUAUUACUUAAAUUUUAUUGUA